GGCUAGAUCAACAUGACAGCCAUUUUUAGGAAUCGUAAAAAAUAUGAUCAAGUAAGGGUACCUAGCCAUCCCUGAAAACACGUGAAAAUGGAAAAGAAGACAUCUUCAGAACCAAGGAGAAGAAAAAUCCAUAGAAGUGUUAGCUGUACUACAAAGGGCACAUCUUUUAUUGGGGAAAACCAUUCAGAGAUCUCGGGAAAACCUUUACCAACAGAACAUCAAACUCAAAGCGACGAGGUUGACAGCAAAACAGGCCAUCAUGAUCUGAAACAAACAGAAACAUUCAAGACAAAGAACAGAAAGAAAGCAUUAUAUAACAAGCUUAGAAGAAUUCAUGUAAGCUCACCAUCACUGUUUUCAAGUGCAAGUGGUUUUGAAAACUACAGAGGAUUUCUUAAUUUAUGCAUUCUUAUAAUGAUUCUAUCAAACUUUAGAGUUGCACUAGAUAAUGUAUUAAAAUAUGGUGUUCUUGUUGAUCCAAAUAUUCUUCUUGUUUUCUUGGAAGAUCCAUACAGUUGGCCAUGUGCAAGUCUUGUAGUUUGUCUCCAUGUAUUCAUACAAAUAGCUUUCUUUGUUGAAGGAUGUCUUGCAAAGGGCACAAUAUCUGAGAAGCUUGGGGUGUGCUUUCACAUCAUAAAUCAAUCUUUGCUGCUUAUAUUUCCUGUUGCUGUGAUUUGCUACUAUAAACCAGCUCCAUGGUCUUCAACUCUUGCUAUGUCGUGUUAUUUGGCUGUUUGGUUAAAACUCAUUUCGUAUGCUGCUGUUAACAAGUGGUGUAGGGAAGACAAAGUUCAGGGUGGCAAGAAGCAUAAAGAUUCUGAUGAUGAAGUAGAAAACAAACCUGACUCAAAAGAAAAAGCUGUUGAAUAUCCAAAUAACUUAACGCAACGAGAUCUUUAUUACUUCAUGUUUGCUCCGACUUUGUGUUAUGAGUUAAACUUCCCUCGUACCCCACGAGUAAGAUAUCGAUUUUUGACACGGAGGAUAUUUGAAGCGUUGUUCCUAAGCGGAUUGUUAAUAGCACUUACUCAGCAGUGGAUAGUACCAGCAGUGAAAAACUCAAUGAAGCCAUUUCAUGCACUGGAUUAUCCGCGAUUUGUUGAAAGAAUAAUGAAAUUGGCUAUUCCGAAUCAUUUCCUAUGGCUGAUUUUCUUUUAUGUAUACUUUCACUCUUUGCUCAACAUUGUUGGAGAGAUAAUGAGGUUUGGUGACAGAGUCUUCUACAAAGAUUGGUGGAAUGCAAAUACAGUGCAGUCAUUUUGGCAGAACUGGAAUAUUCCUAUCCAUAGAUGGGCGCACAGGCAUCUAUUUCAACCAAUGCUUCGUUCAGGGUACUCAAAAAUCCAAGCAAGCCUGACAGUAUUCCUUUUAAGUGCUGUCUUCCACGAGUUGCUUGUGAGUGUGCCGUUAGGUAUGAUGAAAAUUUGGGCAUUCACUGGUAUGAUCAUGCAAGUCCCGUAUGCAGUGUUUGUUUCAAAAUUCCUUUCUGGUAACUAUGGCAACAUUGCUGUGUGGAUCUCACUGAUACUUGGACAACCAGUAGCUAUUUUGAUGUAUUACCACGAUUACUUUGUGACACACUAUGAAGUAUCAAAUUCAACUUCGAGUGCCUGGUCAUUUGUUUACAGAGAGUAAGAACGACCCUUUUGCGUGAUAUUGAGUCACGGGAUGUUACUUGUUUUAAUACGCAAGAAUCUUUCUCACAAAAAAUUUAUUUUAUUUAUUAGAUAGAUUAUGGUUUGUACUUUUGGUGCAAGGCUGUACUGUUUGAAUUCGUGGAUAAAUAUGAAAUUUAGUGAGUUGUUGCUUUUUCCGUUUACAACACAAUUUUGUUUUCUAAGGAAAAAUUGCAAUACAAUACUGCAUGGUAUGAUAUGAGAAAGUAAGGAUUAUUAUACAAACUGCAUUGCAAUACUAUACAUUACUAAGUGCAAGGCCAUGUAAUUCAAGCAUUUGGAUCUAGUACAAUACAAUAUGGUACAAGGCAGGAUAAUACAAUACAAUAUGGUACAAGGCAGGAUAGUAUAAUACAGUUAGAUACAGCCUGAUUAAUUAGAAGUCAAUAUUGUACAAUUUCAUACUAAAUUACAUUAAGAUGCAAUAUAAUACAUUGAAGUGGUCUAUAUCACAUGAAAUAUUAUCCUGUACUACAAGAACCAGAAAAUACGAAUGACCAUGAUUGGCUACUGCUAAAACGAUACAUUAUUGGUAUUUUCCAGUGCUGCACAAAAUACGUAAAAUAUAGGGUACACAGAAGCAAAUCCAAAACACGUUUGCAGUCCACUGUAGGCUCUAUGUUAAGAGAGAAACGAUUUGCUUCUGCAUAUUUCACAGAGUUACGUGCGUCUACAAUAUUGAAAUCUUUCAAAGUUUUGAGCUAAUCAUUAUCUUAAAAUCCUUUUAAAAUGUCUCGAAUGUAUGCUUACUACCAGAAGUACAAAUCAUUAUUGUCAGAUAAUCUUUAUUUUAAUUUCUUUAAAUCUUAAUGCAUCUUUGUUUCAUAAUAAGUGAUUAGUGUUAUAACCAAGUUCAUUACCGUAAAAGCUCUAUUAAGCCGCGGGGGGGGGGGCUUAUUUAUUUUUUCAGUCCUAGAGGGGGGGGCUUAAAAGAGAGGGGGUUUACUAGAGAGGAGGGCUUAUUAAUUAUUCAAAUUAAAACAUUAUAAAAAUGUCACAAUUCUCUGGGAUUUCUUCGAAAUAAUCAACAUCAGUAUCCUCUUGAUUUCUGAGGCGCACAACGAAAUCUUUUCAUGGGCCGUAUUUGAUGCAGAUGAUCUUAUCAUCAUCACACCCGUCAAAUUUUCUUCAUUUGACAUCAGGGGCUAAAGAGGGUGGGGGCUUAACAGAGAGGAGGCCUUAAUAGAGCUUUUAUGGCAUUUUACACAUUUCGAAGCACAAAAAAUCGUUUGCAUCCAGUUCAUACGUACGGUGACUUGUCAGUUGCUUUAUUUGACACUUUUGUGUUCUAUUUUUAAUUGAUAAUAUUUCGUACGCAAUUGCAGACUUUUUCCCGUUAGUUAAAUAUAGCUAAUUGACGUGAUUUAUUUUGUUUUAUAGUCUCUAUACUUAUUUGCAUUUCUCUGACUGCAUCGCUACCGCCCCUAUACAAACGUAAUUAUUUCCAUAACAUUAAUUGACACCAACAUCCACGAGACCCUAUCGUUCACAGUUCCUAUCUUUCGCAAUAACCAACAUCAAGGUGUAGCUGAACAGCAUAUUAUGCAUUAGAAACCAUUACGCAUUGUUUUGACUAUUAAAGUUAAUCGUGAGAGUAGAUCUUAUUUUGUAGGACGUUUAAUCACUUUAUAUCUAUUAUAAAAUUUAAGGGGUUAGAGUAAUUCGGAAUAUUUUAGUGUUUUUUUAAGUUUUUUGCUGUUUCUUUUAUUGAUAUGAAACAUGAUGGGACUAGACAAAAA